GGAGGGCACCCUAGGCUGGCCGGGUCGGAGGCGGGACGCGCGAGACUGACAGCCCGAAAGGAAGCCUCUUCCUCUAGGCACCCGAGACCGCCUUCUCAAGUUUCUGCUUCUCUCGAGGGCGGAGUUUCCAUCCUCUUGAAGUCCCGGCCCGGGUUCCCAGGCGGGUUUGGGGAAGUGAAAGUCACCCGGGGCCCCAGCUCGUGACCCGGCGCACCGCGGUCCCGCACAGAUUCCUCGACCCUAGCCCCAUGGCCGCGCUGAGCCCGCUGCUUCUGGCCGCUCUGCUGUGGGUCCCUGUGGGGACACUGACCUGCUAUGGGGACUCGGGGCAGCCGGUGGACUGGUUUGUCGUCUAUAAGCUGCCGGCCCGGAGCGGGUCCGGGGCUGCGGCGCAGAAGGGGCUGCAGUACAAAUACAUGGAUGGGGACUCGGGGGGCUGGCGCGACGGCGCGGUCUCCAUCGACAGCCCGGCGGGGGCCGUGGGCCGCAGCCUGCUGCCGCUGUACCGGAACAACGCCAGCCAGCUCGCCUUCCUACUCUACAAUGACCAGCCGCCUAAGUCCAGCCGGGCUCAGGACUCUUCCAGCCGCGGGCACAUGAAGGGGGUGCUGCUCCUGGACCGAGAUGGGGGCUUCUGGCUGGACCACAGCGUUCCACGCUUCCCUCCACCUGCCUCCUCUGCUGCAUACAGCUGGCCACCUGGUGCCCGCACCUAUGGGCAGACCCUGCUCUGCGUGUCUUUUCCCCUCGCCCAGUUCCAGAAUAUUGGCAGACAGCUGAACUACACCUUCCCCCUGGUGUAUGACUACAAGCUGGAAGGAGACUUUGCCCAGAAAUUCCCCGACCUGGUGGAGGUAGCCAAGGGCCACCACGUUCGCCAAGGACCCUGGAACAGCAGUGUAACACUCACUUCAAAGGCAGGGGCCACCUUCCAGAGCUUUGUCAAAUCGGGAAAAUUUGGAGAUGACCUGUACUCUGGCUGGUUGGCGGAAGCCCUUGGCAGCGACCUGCAGGUCCAGUUCUGGCCAAAUUCUCACGGCAUUCUCCCCUCCAACUGCUCCAGGGUCUGGCACGUGCUGGAUGUGACCCAGACAGCCUUCCCUGGGCCAACUGGGCCAACCUUCAAUGCCACAGAAGACCACUCCAAGUGGUGUGUAGCCCCAAAAGGGCCCUGGGCCUGUGUGAGUGACAUGAAUCGGAACCAAAGAGAGGAGAAGCGGGGUGGUGGCACACUGUGUGCCCAGCUGCCGGCCCUCUGGAAGGCCUUCCAGCCUCUAGUGAAGGCCUGGCGGCCCUGUGGGCAGGAGAGCAGAGCCUUCUCUCCAGGAAGGCCCAGCAGAGCAUCUGAGAGGUAAGGCUCAGGAGCCAGUUUAGUCCCUUACUAAUUGUGUGCCCUUAAUUGUGUGCCUUAACCUCUCUGGGACUCAGCCUUCUCAUCUGCAAAAUGGGCAUCUAACACCUGGCUCAGGAUUGUUGAGAAAUAAAAGUAAAUUGGUAGGUGA